GGCCAAAAGCACUCUCUCUCCUCCCUUUGCUUUUCCUGCCUCUCUCUAGAAAUCGUACGCCAACCAACGCACACGGCACACUUCACUAAAGUCCCGCACCCUGCCUCUGCUUCUCUCACGAGUCGCACUCUUCGAACCGUUUCUGCUUCUCCCCUGUUGCUUUCCCCCUGGAUGCUCCUCCAUCUUCUUCAACCUCUGCUUCAAUGAAGUUCUCUGCCUUCUUUAUCAUUCCCCGCACUCUCUAACUUUACCUUCCUUCUUUGCUUCGUGCCCGUCAGUCGUUUGGCUGCAGAAAUCCCGUUUCUCUCGCUUUUGGAGCUACAUAUUAUUGUUCCUUUGAACCCCCCCCCCCAAAAGAUGGAAAAGAAGCAAGGUUUCUUCUCGGCUUUGAAGGAAGAGGUAGUUCGUGGCUUGUCGCCCGCGCGUUCUCGGGCAAGCAGUCCGGGAAGAACCGGGUCGCCCAUUUCGGGUCUUCUUCGGAGAAAGAAGCGUAGCAACCAUAGUAACUUUGCUGUCAGCCCUGACUCGGCGAUCGGAAGAUCUGGUAGUAUGAGGCCGUUGGGGGAGACCUUGACGCCGCUCAUAGAGGGUCCGGAGCCGAACGGCGGGGAAAAUGGGGAUGCGAAGAGAGUCGGGUCGGGUAUUGGGCAGUGGAUGAAAGGCCAAUUGUCUCGGGCUCCUUCGCCAGCCUCAACGUCCUUCAAGAGGUCUGAUCUGAGGCUUCUUCUUGGUGUGAUGGGUGCUCCUCUCGCUCCUGUUCAUGUUAGCGCCACUGACCCGUUGCCUCAUCUCAGCAUCAAGGACACUCCCAUUGAAACUUCAUCUGCCCAAUACAUAUUGCAGCAGUACACAGCAGCUUCUGGGGGCCAGAGGCUGCAGAACUCUAUUAGGAAUGCCUAUGCAAUGGGAAAGGUGAGAAUGGUAGCUUCUGAGUUUGAAACUGCCACAAGGGUAGUGAAGAAUCGCAAUGCCUCUAGGUGUGCCGAGUCUGGUGGAUUCGUGCUCUGGCAGAUGAAUCCUGAUAUGUGGUAUGUAGAGCUUGCAGUUGGGGGAAGUAAGGUCCAUGCAGGUUGUAAUGGCAAGCUUGUUUGGAGGCACACUCCCUGGCUCGGUGCUCAUACAGCCAAGGGACCUGUGAGACCAUUGCGUCGUGCACUUCAGGGCCUUGACCCUAGAACCACUGCUAGUAUGUUUGCGGAUGCGAGAUGCAUAGGGGAGAAGAAGAUAAACGGUGAGGAUUGCUUCAUCCUUAAACUCUGUGCGGAUCCUCAAACAUUGAAGGCUCGGAGUGAAGGUCCUGCAGAGAUCAUAAGGCACGUUUUAUUUGGCUACUUCAGCCAGAAGACUGGACUUCUUGUUCACAUAGAGGAUUCUCAUCUGACUCGAAUUCAAUCUAAUGGGGGUGAUGCAGUUUACUGGGAGACCACAAUCAAUUCGUUCCUCGAUGAUUAUAGGCCUGUUGAAGGCAUCAUGAUUGCCCACUCAGGCCAUUCUGUAGUUACUCUUUUCAGGUUCGGGGAGAUGGCUAUGAGCCAUACCAAAACAAAAAUGGAAGAAGCCUGGACAAUCGAAGAGGUCGCGUUCAACAUUCCCGGUCUCUCAGUAGAUUGCUUCAUUCCCCCGGCUGAUCUGAGAACCGGUUCUGUCAGUGAAGCAAGUGAGCUUCCCCAGGAUGAAAGAGGAAAGAACUCACUCGCAGUACACCAAGCCAAAGUUUCCGCGCUGGAGAAAUCACAAGAUUGCAGCAUCAACAGCAUGAUGUGGAAGAUGGAAGUCUAGCCAAGGGAUAUGAUUGAAGAGGGAAGUCAAGACAAUUGUUCAUAGAAGUAACUAGUAUAUGACCACUAACACUGUUAGAAGAGGUUAGAGUAGGUGUUCAUCCGGUUCUUUCAUGAAAGUUUGUUUCUACCUCUAUUUAAUCUGUAAAUGGAGCAUAAAAAUUCACAGGUUUCACUUCACCCGGAUGAUGAGGGUGAUGACCAAAGUGAAUCUUUAUUCUCGGUGCAGAAUCCAACUAUGGAGUUGGAGCUCGGUUUUCCCAGUAGGAAGUGAGCAAAUGGAGGUUUAGACUUUAGUUUGCCUUCCAUUAAUGAGAGAAGGUGGGUAUAGUAGAAACGUUGUCAUAAGCCUUUGUUACUUUACAACAUUUCCUAGUUUCUGUGUCGGUGGCGGUAAUAUUAAAGAGGCUGCCGACGACAAUUGAGUUUGAGUUGACACUAACAGCUAGGUUGGUUUAUAACUCUAGUGUUGAAGACUUGCUAAUGUUUUUCAUGUUCUAUGGUGUCGUGAAGUUGUCUCUGGGUUUGGUAAGUUCAAGGGGGGUGGUGUUUUUUAUAGCUGAGAUAAUGGAUUCAGCGGUUGUCUUGUGCUUUUUUGUCAGUGUUUCUGAUUCUGAACGUGAUCAAAUGUAAACGCUCAUUUAUGUCCGCAGGAUAAUUAAUGCUCAUUAUAUAUAAAAAAUUAAAAACA